AUGACCAUCUGCGGCAUCUCCGGAGGAACAUCGAUGAACGCCUUUUCAUGUUCUGCAGAACUGGUUCCGAGGAAGCAACGUGGUGUUGUCUUCUUUGCUCUUACCUUUAUCAGUUCAGGAUUUAUCACCUGUGGUUCUCUGAUCGGGCAAGCAAUGCUACGUGAGCCAGUAGGCUGGCGCAUCGUUUCCUACUACUUGAUCGGCAUCUAUACAUGGACAACGGUAAGCAACACGAAGCCAGCCAGCGUGGUCAAAGUCACCGAGGCAGAUAUGCCCACCUUCUUCAACCCCAUUGGGUAUCUUGCGUAA